CGGAGUUGCCCACCCCUGAUGAGCACUGAAUCCAGGAUGGGAAUCCACCCAUGUGCUGACGUCACUGGGUCGCUGACAAGUUGGUGGUGCCGGAAGAAAAGAUGGCGGAUCAUGAGGAGCAGCUAUCCGACGAGGAAAAGGUUCGUAUAGCAGCUAACUUCGUCAUCCAUGCUCCGCCAGGAGAGUUCAACGAAGUUUUCAAUGAUGUGCGAUUGCUGCUCAACAAUGACAAUCUUCUCAGGGAGGGUGCAGCGCAUGCAUUUGCACAGUACAACUUGGACCAGUUUACCCCUGUGAAAAUCGAGGGCUAUGAAGAACAGGUCUUAAUCACAGAGCAUGGUGACCUUGGGAACGGUCGGGUUUUGGACCCCAAGAAUAAAAUCUCCUUUAAGUUUGACCAUCUGAGAAAAGAGGCCAGUGACCCACGGCCCCAUGAUGUGGACAGCUCUCUGGAAGGCUGGCGGAGUGCUGUGGACUCUGCCGUGAGGGCCUAUGUCAAGGAGCACUAUCCCUGUGGAGUGUGCACUAUUUACGGGAAAACCAUUGACGGGCAUCAAACCAUCAUCGUAUGCAUCGAAUGCCAUCAGUUUCAACCCAAAAAUUUCUGGAAUGGACGAUGGAGGUCAGAGUGGAAAUUUACCAUCUCCCCCUCCACCACUCAAGUGGCAGGGAUAAUGAAAAUACAGGUUCAUUACUAUGAAGAUGGAAAUGUUCAGCUCGUGAGCCAUAAAGAGGUUCAAGAGUCCAUGUCAAUUUUAAAUGAGGCUUCAACUGCAAAGGAGUUUGUCAAGAUCAUGGAGGCUGCAGAGAACGACUAUCAAACGGCCAUCAAUGAGAAUUACCAGACCAUGUCGGACACUACCUUCAAAGCCUUACGCCGCCAGCUUCCUGUGACACGCACCAAGAUUGACUGGAACAAGAUCCUGAGCUACAAGAUUGGCAAGGAGAUGCAAAAUGCUUAAAAACAAACGAGAAGAUAGAAGACAGAUCACCUUACCCCCUCUAAAACAACAUUGCAUGACUGGAUAGUUGUAUUGUUUUUGUACAAAAAAAAAUCAGUAAAAGGGCAAAGAAAGGUUUGGUCUCACAGCCGGACGUCACGUUACACAUAGAGCUACUGCCUUUCUUUACACAGAAACUGUUAAGUCCUCUGUAUACUGGGUCUAUGAUGAAAAAGGUUGUUUAAGGAAAAAUAAAACUCGAACACAUAGGAAUGAAGGCUAACACUUGUAUGCAAAAAUACCCAUAUUGAGUACAAUUUCAUGUGUGCAAUAUUUAUUGUGUUAGUGAGACCACACCUUUAGUUUGUCCCAAUGAAAAACAGUUCAAAAUAUGGUGAGAAACGAAUAAUCUUUUGGGAGAAUCUAGUUUUCAUCUACUGCAAAGUUCAGAUGGAACAGCUAAAACCAGUUACUUUCAUUUCACAAUUAAUGACCCAUACACUUAAUUUUAAAAAUUUGAAACGCAAAGAAAAUGGUUUUGUGUUCAUUGACUGGUAUCUUAGGCCAUGCAACUACCACUGUCGGCCACUCAGUGUUCUUUUUUUGGUACUUCCCGCUCCGUCUGUCCUGUAUGUGCGAUUUCAAGCUUGCAGUGCUCCUGGCUUGAUAUCCUUUUUGACUUGGCAUUGUCAGAACUCUCAUUCAAUGAAGGGAGUUUUGUGACUACAUAACAAGCCUAAUUAAAAAGUCAUGAAUUGCUAAAUAAUGUGCAUAAUGUCCAAUUUACAAUAAAAUCGAGAAGUAUCACUUUCUCCUCCAGUGCUUAUUUUUAAUAACAACAGAAUCUGACUGUAUUAUAUGACAAGGCACACUGUAAUAUAUACCUGUAUGAAACAUCCUGUCAGUUUGGUGAUUUAUUUCCAUGAGAGUAAUUGUAAUUCAGUCACAAUUAUGUUGCAUUAAAUGACGAAUUUUCUAUUUGCUGACUCACUCUUCUUGUCUAAAAGUUAUAGUUUUUAAAAAUAUGUUAAACUUACCAUACCACUCUUUACCCUAAUGUGUUCUACUUGACUGCAAUUUGGUCCCAAGAAUCCAAUAAUUUUUUGGCGGAAUACAGUCUCAUAAUUUCUACUACACACCGGUAUUGUGAUAUUAUGUCAUUCACUUGGCUGAAAGGGAUCAACUGUGAAACUAAAGCAUGCCUUUUCGUGAGCCAUUCUUUUGCUAUAAAAGAUUACACAAUAGGGCAAUUGAAUCACAUUCAUUUUGAGACAACUAAAAUGGGUAUUUGGCAUUUGUUUGGUUAAAAGAUAGAAUUGAAUUUGAAUUAAAACAUUUUUCAA